AGAUUUUAGAUCAACCCAAUUGGCCUCCCUCCGGAAUGUCCUAUCUAGAGUCCAUGUCCAAUAAUGAAGCUUUUCAUCUUCUGAAAUAGGAAUGCACAGUCCGGUUCUAGUACUACCUAUAUCUUUGAUGAGAGAGAUAACACUCUGUGCACCCGCUUCAAUCUUAAAAUCGAGGAACCAGCUUCAAUAAUCAAUUCCGUCGCAUGUGAUACUGCUAUUUGCUCUGCCUCUUCACUGGAGCUUGCUUGGAUGAGAAAGGUCGUAGCAGAAAUCAGUUCACCCUUCUUGCCUCUCAAUGUAGCACCACCCGAUGCUUUGUGAGGUCUUUUACAAUCCUCUCUGCAUUUUUUAAGAAGCGUAAAACCAGACCAGAUGAGUAGCGGCACCUCAUUUCUUCCGAUAGAAAUCAUCUCCAACGUUCUCAAGCGACUUCCGGUGAAAUCCCUAAUCCGAUUCCAAAGUGUGUGCUCUCAUUGGAAGGAUCUCAUCAAGAGCCCAUCUUUCAUUGCCAGCCACCUCGAUCGCUCCAACGGAGAAAAUCCCUCUCUUAUUUUCAGACGGAGCCCGUUCUCCGAUACCUCGACUCUAUAUUAUCUCGACCGCGACAUACAACUCUGCCAAGUUCAGAACAAUCCUUUUAUCUAUUCGUUCAAAUCCCUCAAGAUCGUCGGCUCCUGCAAUGGCUUGCUCUGUAUUCGAAUCGAGGAGCCUGGUACUUUACUGUCUCUUUACUUGUGGAAUCCUGCGACUAGAGAGGUUAUACAGUUGCCUAGAAGCAGAACAAGCAUGAAUGUAUGUUAUAUUUGUAGUUUGGGCUUUGCAUUCAUUCCAACUCUGAACGAUUACAAAAUUGGAAUACCCUAUGUGAUGCGGGGUGAUGUGGUGGAAACUGGAUUUGAAGUUUAUUCACUAUCCACGCGUUCAUGGAAAAAAAUAGAAAUGGCUAUCUUAAAGGGCAUACACUUUGUCAGUGGUUACAUUCAUACUAAUGGGUCUAUGUUUUGGUUGGCAACAAAGAGAGGUUUGGCAUCUCAUGGGGGAGAGAAUACUAAUGUCAUAAUUUCCUUGUGUUUAGCAAUGGACGAGGUCAGAUUGAUACCACCGCCUCCUUUAUCCAGGAGCGAAGUUGCUAAGCUGACCGUGUAUGAGAACAGGCUUGCCGUAUUUCAUUAUUCAACUGCUUUUGACACAGGAAAUACUUCGAUCGAUUUGUGGGUCAUUGAGGAAGGCAUUGGUGGUUUUUGGAGUAAGAUAUUGACAUGUGGCCCUUAUCCACACUUUGCAAUACCGUUGACCAUUUGGAGGAACCAAAUUGUCUGCGAUGUUUUUCCUAGAUAUUCAGUAGAGGGGAACUAUGAGAUUGAUGCUACUGGUAGUUUUUUGUUUGAUCCCACUUCUAAUGGAGUCAAGGUCCUUUUUUCGGGCAGAUAUGGCAUUCUUCGUGAUGUUUAUAGAUAUGUCGAAAGCCUUGUACCCAUCAGCAACAUUCACACUGCAAAGCAUUGAUUUUAAAGCGUAAUUAUUAUUGAAUUAUUAUUAUUAUACAUUGCAGAUUUACUGAUUGUACUGGCUCCGUAGACGAUGAUUAUUUAAUUGUUUGUUCGUAGUUGUAGAACAUUCAAAAC